GCAAACUGGAAUUCCUUCUCCUAGAAAAGGACUAUUAUUUCUACAUCUAUCUCAUGAUUUCUACGUUUAUUUUGAACUGAAAAGCUGUCAAAUUGAAAACGUAAUAAUUGUUAAUAAUAUGUAUCAAGAUAAUGACAUCCGAUCGCACGUGUUUUGGCCCAAUGAAAUGAGACGGAAUGGAAUAGAAAUGCUCUGGUAUGACACCUUUCUGACAAUGGCUAUUAUUAGAGACCAACUUGUGUAAAAUAAGUACCUUGACUGUCUUCUAAACACCAUCAAUCAUCCUUGAAUAGAGAUUCAGCUAUUCUCCAAUAGUAGGGCUUCGCUGGGAUAGAACAAAGACCUUAUCGAAGGUAUAUAGCCUAGGCUACAAGUCAAGUGUUUACAGUUUAACGUUGCUACAAAUACGACACACCUUGAAAGAAGGGAUUUCAACUUUUUUUCCCCAUCAUGACCGAAAAAGAAUCAAAACUGUCGACCAAGUUAGAAGACAUUGCUCUUUUUAAAAAUGAAGCCAAAAGGAAAAAGGAAAAACUCCCAAAAAGUCUUGGUUCUGUUCCGGCGAGGAAACGGAAAAAUGGGAAGCCACCUUAUUCUUAUAUUGCGUUGAUUGCUAUGAGUAUUUUGGAUACUCCAGAUAAGCGACAAACCUUAAGUGGAAUCAUUGAUUUUAUUAAGAAAAAUUUCGAAUACUACGGUGGCGAAUGUCCAGUUAAAGGUUGGCAGAACUCUAUCCGACAUAACCUUAGUCUGAACGAUUGUUUUGUCAAGACUUGGAGGGAUCCCACAAACCCGAGCAAAGGCCAUCUCUGGACUCUACACGCUAAGAGUAUGGACAUGUUCGAAGGUGGCAGCUUCAUGAGAAGGAAAAAGAGGUUCAAGGAGAACGUCGAGACAGACUCUCAUUUUGAGGAGGUUUACUCUACCUACCAAGAUACGUGCUUCGAUGAACCUAGAGAAGAUCUAGAAAAAAAUCUAUCAAGAUCUGAUGUGACGAUUUCGUCUUUCAGGUCAGCGGACGUAGAUGACCAUUCGUCCCGUGUUAUGUCUCCAGACUCGUUAGCAUCUCCCACUGAUCCUCAUCCUCGCUCACGCUCGUGCAGUUCAACGUCAUCCAGGGAUAAAAUCCCCGAACAAGUUUUUAUUUACCCUCCAUCACCGUACAACUUACUAACAGCGGCAUCUCCGAGGCUGUUUCCACACUACUCCUCCCUGGCAGUAAGGAGAACGGCAUACUACAGAGAUUUAGUACCAUAUGGGCACGGCUUCGAGGCCUCAUCCUUCCCGCUUACUGCACAAACGGGUUGCAUUCGAUGCUUAGGCUGUACUUGUGCUUACAACUAGUUUAUGGACGGUAAUUGAUAUAUAAAAGUCAAACGAUUGAUUAUCGAAACCAUGACAGUUUGAAUUGGUUGUUUUGCUUUGUUUAAAAAAGAAACACUAACAAUCUUCAAGGAAAGAAGUGAAAAUUGAAUUGCCAACUAGUUAAAGUUCCCCAAAAAAAAAUUGCAUUAAGUUGUUACUUCAAGAACGCCUUGAACGCUUUGUAAUUUUUUUCUUA